GCCCGACUAUCGAGGCGUUCAGGAAUUUGCCCACAGCCACUCAGCUGGCAAGCGGCUGCGCUGGGGCUUUGAAUCCUCACCCAGAUCUGGGCCACACCUCUCGCCCUCUCCGCGCUCCGCGGCCUCCCACGAAGGUCGCACGCGGAAGGCGCAGGUGGGGCCUGGCUGCUCGCCCCGCUGGGCUCGCCCGCGCGCCUGGGCCCCGGGAGGUGCUCCCGGGGAAGUCACCCUGCAGUCGGGGACACCGGCGGAUCCGCGCGGGGGGACCUGCCACCGCAGGUAACCGCGGGUCGCUCCCCGCCCCCAGCCCGCGGGCGGUGCCGACCCCCGCCGAGCCCGGCACGCGGGAGGGGCGGCUCCGGACAGUGGCCUUUCCUCCCGGGGGAACCUGCCGAGGGCGGCCCCGCGCUCCUUCCUGUCCCACCCACCGCGGCCCGGGCUCGGCGGCCGCUCGGCGCGGGGUCCCGGGCGCGGCCUGGGCGAAUCUCGGCCGCUCCCACCCCGGCGAGUUCAAAAGGACGCGCGGCGACCGGCCCUGCCCCGCCGCCCGUCGGACUGGAAAGAUCUGACCCUGUGAGAUACUCUCCCCUCGGCAACGAUGACCAGCCUACCAGCUACACCUUCUCCUGGAGAACUGAUGACCACGCCAGUCCUCCAGGCCCAUGAGACCCUGUCCCCACAAGCUGAAGAGGCCAGCACAGCACUCAUUGCAGUCGUUAUCACUGUGGUGUUCCUCACCCUGCUCUCCGUGGUGACCUUGAUCUUCUUUUACCUGUACAAGAACAAAGGCAGCUACGUCACCUACGAGCCUGCAGAAGGCGGUGAGCCCAGCGCCGUCCUGCAGAUGGAGAGUGACUCAGCCAAGGGCAGAGAAAAGGAAGAGUACUUCAUCUAAUGGUCUCCGCACUAACACACUGACUCUGUAAUUAGGGAACAUUGCUCUGAAGCCAGUGAGUGGCAUUAAGUGAGAUGGCAAAUCCAGUCACCUCCCUGGACACACUCCCCAACACCGUCACUGACUCCAGGGUCCAGGGACAUGGAGAAAGCUGCUUAUGACACCUAUAGCUGGACCUUGAUAAGUACAGUGUUCACAACUGGCCAACAGCGCGAGGUCGUGCCUGAGUUGAGAGAUGUAGAGGGAGGUCACAGGCUGGUCCACUUUGUCCUCUCCUGGUUGCCCAGUAAUAGCCCCAGUUUAGCUUCCUGGAGGCUCGAUCCCACAGGAAGGGAUGGGGCAGGAGGAAUAGGCUUCUGAAUGUUAGUUACUCUUUUGAUCUGAGCCCUACCAUUUCCCCCAACAGCCUCAAACUUACUGUUUUUUAUCCAGAUUAAACUUAUUAUGAAAGUCAGACUUUCAUUUACA